UUUUUUUAAAAACGGUAGCCCUGACGUCUCGCGUGGUUUCGCUCUGAAGCGUGCGCGUGCGCGUUGAGGAGUCUGCCGGGAAUUUGUUUAUCCAAAAUGGCUGCCGCAAUGGAUGUAGAUACUCCGAGUGGGACCAAUAGCGGUGCUGGCAAAAAGCGCUUUGAAGUGAAGAAGUGGAAUGCAGUCGCACUCUGGGCUUGGGAUAUUGUGGUUGACAACUGUGCCAUUUGCAGAAACCAUAUUAUGGAUCUCUGCAUAGAAUGUCAAGCUAACCAAGCAUCUGCUACCUCUGAAGAAUGCACUGUUGCAUGGGGUGUCUGCAAUCAUGCUUUUCACUUCCAUUGUAUCUCUCGCUGGCUUAAGACUCGACAGGUGUGCCCAUUAGACAACAGAGAAUGGGAGUUCCAGAAGUAUGGACACUAGCAGGAGAGAGAAGAUAACAAGUCUAUUCUGCAUCUAGUUAACCCUUUCACCUUGCAAGUGGCUGUUCCCAUCGCAUCUGAUUUUUUGUUUCAUCUUCACAUAAUUAUUGUAAAGUGUAAUAAAUAUUGAUGGGUGACUUC